AUGCUCAGUUUGUCGAGGUUAAUUGCUGUCUCUGUUGUAUUACUUCAACUUACGAAUGCUUUGCAUUUCUAUGUUCGCACAGGUGAAACCAAAUGCUUUUUUGAAGAAUUGCAAAGAGAUACUUUGGUUGUUGGUAAGAUUGACGCCUAUGAAAAGGACGAUCAUUCAAACGAAUACUCAAAGAAUGGAAAAUUAAGAGUACAAAUCACAAUUGUUGAAACAUUUGACAACAAUCAUCAAGUCAUUGAUCAAAAGUCGUCACCUAAUGGUGAAUUCACGUUCACUUCUUUGGAUUCUGGGGAACACAAGUUCUGUUUGACGCCAGUGUAUUCCGAUAACACUCACAAUAAAUUACAUCGUAUAUUCUUUGAUGUUGUCCAAGGGUCAACUCAUGAUUAUGUUGAUUCAAAAUCCACCAAGCUGGUUGACGAAUUAACAAAAAGAGUCAACACUUUGUACGAAAAGUUGGACAAGAUCCAUUGGGAACAGGAAACAAUGAGAGAGAGGGAAGCUUUGUUUAGAGAUCAAAGUGAAUCUACAAACUCAAGAGUUGUAAAGUGGUCUAUUGUCCAGUUGUUUGUUUUGAUUGGUACAUGUGUCUAUCAAUUGCGUCAUUUGAAAUCAUUCUUUGUUAAGCAAAAGAUUGUGUAA